AUGGCUGUAGAUCUGAUGGAGGUGGAUUCACCCGCUGAGAGUGGUAGGAAUGAUGUGAAGUUUGCGGAGGAAAAAAAUGUGAACGAGGUGAUUCAAGUUUUGCAAGAAGUGGCCAGAACCAGCGUAACACUGGAUCCUUAUUUCGUGUGGAAAGGUUUGAAAGAGUUGAAUGGAAUGAGAGCUAGAUGCUUGAACGAAGAGACUCUUUUGGCGCUGAUCAAUUUGUUGUAUCCAGAUUCAUCCGCCUUCAAAGCUCCGCUAUUAAAGGCUAUCAACAGGGAGAAGAAAUGUACUGUGCCAAACGCCGAUGAGACUAGGGAAGGUUAUCCUGCCUCAUUUUAUGAGGUUGUAGAGGACAAGAGCAUUGAAGUGGCUGCGGAAGUUAACAGCUUUGUACACCUUUUGGUAACCCGUUAUCUCUUAGACAAUAAGAAGCUGGAAGCGCUGAAUUCAUUCAACAAAAAGGUGGUGAUUCCGAAAAUACUAGCUCUGUAUAACCAACGUACCCUGGACCUUAUCAAUGCAAAGCUGUGGUUUCAUGUGGUGCUGUGUGAUGAGGCGAGAGGCGAGCGGGCGAAUCUCGAGACUCGUUCUUCGAUGAUCAAGUUCCUGAAAGUGGCAUCUCUAAAGCAUAAUAGCGAGACGAAAGCUAUGCUGAUAAGCUUGCUAUUGAGAAGUUUCUUGGCAACCGGCGAGAUCGAAGCGGCGGCCGAUUUCAUGGCGAAAGUCGAGUUUCCUAACAGUGCUGAUGUCUCCAGCUCGCUUGAGGCCCGGUACUAUUUCUACAUGUCCAAGAUCAAUGCCAUUCAGCUCGAUUAUUCCACAGCAAACGAGUACAUCAUUGCUGCCAUAAGGAAAGCACCAAAUACUGCCAAUAGCCUAGGCUUCCUGCAGCAAGCUAACAAGCUACAUUGUGUCAUCGAGCUUCUUAUGGGCGAUAUCCCAGAUUUAUCCUUCUUCCACCAGGCUGGUAUGCAGAGAUCGCUCGAGCCUUACUACGACCUGAGCAAAGCCGUCAAGCUGGGUGAUCUAAAAAAAUUCACAUCUGCAAUAGCAAAGUACAAGCCUCAGCUUAUCAAAGACGGUAACUAUCAGCUCUACGUCAGGCUGAGAUCAAAUGUCAUCAAGACAGGUAUCCGCAUCAUAUCUUUAACCUAUAAAAAGAUCUCUCUAAGGGAUAUUUGCCUGAAACUGCGUCUCGACUCCGAACAAACCGGCGAGUACAUGGUCUCUAGGGCAAUAAGAGACGGUGUCAUUGAAGCCAAGAUAAACCACGAACAGGGAUACAUCGAGACAAGCGAGCUAUUGAAUGUUUACGAUACCGAUGAACCUCAAGCCGCGUUUGACGAAAGAAUUACUUUCGUUAACCAACUCCACGAUGAAAGUCUUCUUGCCAUGAGGUACCCGGAGGACAACAAGGGCAAGAACAAUGCCAAUGACGAGGAUGAGUUCCUCGACGGUGAACUACUCGAAGACCUUUCCGAUUUUUCCGACAUUGACGGCCUUGGCUUCCUCUGA